UGCAACAAAAUAAAAUAAAGAACCCUAAAUUAUUCGUUAUGGUAGGUGGACUAUAUUUCAGCCAUGAAAUCGACCGUAAUCCUUCAGUCUCAGAAGCUGGUACAAUCAACGCAUGUGUAACCAUGGUCACGUUGGAUGAAUCUGUAAGAAGAUUCAUGAUUACGUGGCCUGCGGAGUACGUCAUGGAAGAUGAAGGACUUAGUAGUAGAGAAGACCUUAAUGAUCUUUUGAUGGAAGCAGGUUUCCCUCUCGAAUCCAAUUUGUUUGCAUUGACCGAAUUAGCCAACGAUAGUAUCAUUCAAGUGACUUCCUCACGUGAUUAUAGCACAGAUUGUGCUCUGUUUCUGAUAUUGAUUUUUCGUGAUCGUCUUCCUCUUUUCUUUGAUGAGAUUGGAGAGGAUGGUGAGAACAAUAAUUAUAUACGUUUUAGAUCCGCAAGCAAGCUCGCUGUCAGGUCUUUGACCAGGAAAAUAUACUACAAGACUAGCUCUAUAGGUGGUGCACAAUAUGUUUGGAAGAGUUUAAGGAUGGAGCAAGAGUUGUGACUUUACCAUGUGGACAUGAGUUUCACGAUAAGUGUAUUGUAGACUGGUUUGCGGCCAGUCACUUUUGUCC